UUGAUACAGGAAGUAUGUUUGACGCCUCGCCCGAAGCGUUCCGCUAUGCGUGUCUCUUAUCGGACGCCAUACUUAGGAAGUUGCAUUAGUUGACGUGAGAAUUAGACGGUUAAUACCGAACUGUGUGGAUUAGAAAUGUCUCUAAAUUCGUGACUAAACUGUAGCUAGAGGCAUUAACCAACUCUGCUGAACCCGACUGUGGGACUGUUGUGCGUUAUCGGCGUCCAUAUCAACGCAGACAGGAUUUCAGGUGGAAGUGCCCACGCUUCGCUCCUUAUGGAUUCGUGGGUUCGGUUCAGUGCGCAGAGCCAAGCCAAAGAUCGGCUUUUCAGGGCCGCGCAGUAUGCCUGCACGUUGCUCGGUUACACCCUCCUCAAGGGAGGGGCCAGCAGGGACCUGCUCUCCAAGGUGAAGCAGCUGGAGAGCCACCUGAGCCUGGCGAGGAAGCUGCUGCGGUUGGGGAACUCGGCUGAUGCCCUGGAGGCAGCGAAACGGGCAGUCCACCUCUCCGACAGCGUGCUGCGCUUCUGCAUCACCGUGGCCCACCUGAACCGCGCCAUGUACUUCGCCUGCGACAACGUGCUGUGGGCCGGCCGGACGGGCCUGCUGAGAGGGCUGGACCAGGACAAGUGGAGCCAGAGGUCCUUCAGGUAUUACCUCUUCGCCCUGAUCCUCAGUCUGACCCGGGACGCCUAUGAGAUCAGCCUGCUGAUGGAGCGGGAAUCCCGUGGUACGGGGGCAGCCUGGAAGGCGCCCUCCAGAGGCCUGUGUGCCCCGGCACAGGAGAAUGGGGAGGCUCUGAUAGGCUCCGCCUCAGAGCCCCCCUGCCUGCUGGCCCCCCUCCCCACGCAGCUGCGCAGACGGCUCCUCCUGCUGGCCGCCGUACUGCGCGGGAACCCACCCCUCGCGCUGGACCUGCUUAAGAACCUUCUCGACGUUUUCAUCCCCCUGGAUCGCCUGGGCCUGUACCAGACGGGCCCUGGCUUUGUGGGCGCCUGCGGCCUGGCCUCCUCCGUGCUCUCUAUACUCACCAUGGUGUACCCCUGGCUCAAGCUGAAGCCGUAACUCUCUGCCUUCUGCUGCUCUUGUUGGUUUUUUUUAAUUAUUAUUAAUCAGAGGUUGGAGUUUCUCGGGUGAAACGGUUUUAAGACGAGUAGCGGCAUGCAGAUUGUGGAGAGGGGGCGGCUGUUUUUUUUUUUGGUUGCUGUUUUGAUGGUGUACUGCUACCGGCCAUGUGGCCCAGAGCUCACAUGACGUGUCUGACAACUGUCACACCAGGGCCCUGAUUUGACCAGGAAAUGAUACUUUGCCGACUGUUGUCACACAAGACGUGAGGCCCAUAUAAAAUGAUCUGAAUUUAAUGGAUGAAGGCCUGCGUGGACUGAUGUGUGGUCUUGAUACAGGAUGUGUCUGUCUAUUGUUCCUUUGUUACCCCAUAAAACACCAUCCAGUAUGUUCUUUUCUGGGGGGGGGGGUGUGGAAUGAGAGUUUCGGAGGAACCGGAAUACUAGUUGCUGUUUAAUCUUUAACAGUAUUAGUAUAGUCAGGCCUUAUUUCACGGUAUUUUGUGUGAAAAGUGUUUUGGCAAUUUAAUGUUUGAAACUUAUAUGCAAUUAUAUAACUGAUCCAUUGCAGAUAGUAAUUCUGUUAGAUGCAAUUUCCUUCCUGGAUCUAUGAUUCCCCCUGUACCAACAACAAGAAAAUAAAUUUUACACCCAGUGUGUAUUGUAAAUAUUUACAAUCAAGUAACCAGGCUAACAGCCUCAAAAUAAAUAUUUUUUUUAAUAUAUUUUAUUAAAAAUUGCAUUUGCCUUGCAAUGUUGUUUGAAUUAAUGCUCGUUUAAAUGCUUUUAUACACCCUCUAUUAAUAAAGGGAUGGAUAAUUUUCUGACUUCA